GAGGAGGAGGAGGAAGGGGAGUAACGGAUACAGCUUCGUUGGCAGGAGUGGCUGCGAUGGCCUCGUUUUCCUCCUCCUUGUCAUCCCUGUCGCUGGCGGCGCUUGUGGGGGAGACGGUGAUGACACCGUCAGGUCAGGCCAACGUCAUCUACCUGGCUGUGAAUGAGAGCAGCCCAGGCAGCCUGCUCCUGCAGCUGUGUGAGCUACUGGCCACCACACCACUGCAGUAUGACACUUGUGAUGGGAGCAGAUCUGAGUUGGCAACCUCAUCUCUGAGAGCUGCUUGUGAUCAUACUGACGGAGGGUUUGGUGUUUGAGGAAGAGCGACCGCCGCCGCCAAACCGCGCCCCUCUGGCCCCCAUGCUGGAGUUUGUCUCCGCCCAGACGGGGGUUCCUGUGGUUGCUGUAGGGGGAGGGGCCAGCCUGGGACGAGAGCCACAGGAGAGCGGCUCCAUCUACCUCCAGUUCACCUGCUCCACCUCGCUACAACUCGAGGUCAUCUUCGAGGUGCUUGAAGAGUACGACUGGACCGCCUUCUCCGUGGUGACCACCCGUCACCAUGGCUACGAGGACUUCCUGGCCAUGGUGGAGGGUAUGACGGAUGGUUCGUUCAUCGGCUGGGAGAAGAAGAGUGUGGUGAUUCUUAAUGUGACGGACGACCCCGGUGGGGCGCGAACCAAGCGGCUGCUCAAAGACAAUGAAGCCCAGGUCCGUCUUCUGUACUGCUCCCUGGAGGAGGCCGAGCUGGUUUUCCGGGCAGCCUGGGCGGCGGGUCAGGCCGGGCCCAGUCACAUGUGGUUCGCCGUGGGACCGGCCCUGUCUGGUUUGGGCCUGGAGGGGUUGCCCAAGGCCUUAUUCGCCAUCCGGCCGCAGGGCUGGAGGGACGAGCCACGGAGGCGUAUUGCCAAGGGCGUCUCUGUGCUGACCCAUGGGGCGAUGGCUCUGCGGAGGGACCAGGGGGCCACCAGCCGGUCCCAGUACGCCGGCAACUGCCAGAGUGACGGUAACCAGACCCAUCGAGUGCCAGACAGGAUCAGGUACUUCACCAACAUAUCCAUCGGCGGUCGGGAUUACUCCUUCAACAGUGACGGCUACCUGUCCAACCCGCUGCUGGAUGUCAUCUCCUACACCAAUGGGAGAGGCUGGGAGGAGGUGGGCUGGUGGGAGAACGGACACCUUCGUCUUCGAUACCAUCCCUGGUCUCGGUACGGCUCUUUCCUGAAGCCUCUGGAUGACUCCCAACACCUCCGAGUGGUCACCCUGGAGGAGAGGCCCUUUGUCAUUGUGGAGCCUGCUGACCCGGGCACCAGCUCCUGCAUCCGGGACUCUGUACCCUGCCGCAUGCCCAUCAACUCCAGUUUGGUGGUGGAUGGCGCCGGGCCCAUGAAGCACUGCUGCAAAGGGUUUUGCAUCGACGUCCUUAAGCGUCUGGCCAAGAUUGUGGGCUUCACCUAUGACCUUUACCUGGUGACUAACGGCAGGCACGGGAAGAACAUUGAUGGGGAGUGGAACGGCAUGGUCGGGGAGGUGGUAUCCAACAGGGCUGACAUGGCAAUCGGCUCUCUCACCAUUAAUGAAGAGAGGUCAGAGGUCGUGGAGUUUUCCGUACCGUUCGUGGAGACCGGCAUCAGCGUCAUGGUUUCCCGCAGCAAUGGCACCGUAUCGCCCUCUGCUUUCCUUGAGCCCUACAGCCCAGCGGUGUGGGUGAUGAUGUUUGUGAUGUGCCUGUCGGUGGUGGCUGUCACUGUCUUCAUCUUCGAGUUCUUCAGCCCCGUGGGAUACAACCGCAGCCUGCAGAGCGCCAAGAAGUCAGGUGGAUCUAAGUUCACCAUUGGGAAGUCGGUCUGGCUGUUGUGGGCACUGGUCUUCAACAACUCUGUGCCUGUGGAGAAUCCCAGAGGAACCACCAGCAAGAUCAUGGUGCUGGUGUGGGCCUUCUUCGCCGUCAUCUUCCUGGCCUCCUACACAGCCAACCUGGCUGCCUUCAUGAUCCAGGAGGAGUACAUCGACACGGUGUCGGGGCUGUCAGAUAAGAAGUUCCAGCAGCCGACGGAGCAGUACCCACCACUGCGUUUCGGCACGGUGCCAAACGGCAGCACCGAGGAGAACAUCCGCUCCAACUACCCCAACAUGCACCAGUAUAUGAUCCGCAACAACCAGAAGGGUGUCGAGGAGGCCAUUGACAACCUCAAGACCGGGAAACUGGAUGCCUUCAUUUAUGAUGCUGCAGUGCUGAACUACAUGGCCAGGAAGGACGAGGGCUGCAAGGUGAUGACCAUUGGAUCUGGUAAGGUGUUCGCCACCACAGGCUACGGCAUCGCCCUGCACAAGAACUCCCGCUGGAAACGGCCACUGGACCUGGCUCUGCUGCAGCUGGUUGGAGACGAUGAGAUUGAUAUGUUGGAACGUCUCUGGCUGUCGGGCAUCUGCCACAACGAUAAGAUCGAGGUGAUGAGCAGUAAACUGGACAUUGACAACAUGGCGGGGGUCUUCUACAUGCUGCUGGUGGCCAUGGGGCUCAGCCUCCUGGUAUUUGCCUGGGAACAUCUGGUGUACUGGAAACUACGACACUGCGUGAAGCGAUCUGGUGGGAUGGACUUCCUUCUGGCUCUCAGCAGGGUGAGAGAAGGCAGCACAGACCCCCCCCCCGUACACUUCAAGAAGCACCCUGGUUUAUUGGCUCGAAAAAACAAGAAUUAAAUUGUUAUUGAAUUAUCUAAAUAAACACAAGUGGUAGCCAGAGAUGCAUUCAGC